AUGAGCGACCCAGAUGCCAAGAAGAAGACUGAGGAGGUGGAGAAAGACAGCUGGGCUGGUAGCUUCGCACUACCUGAGACCCAAGACGAUUGGAAGAUGCUGGAGAAAUUGGGCAAGUUAAAGAAUUCCACGCUACAUUCGAUUAAGAAGAUGGCCUCAGGAAGCAAAGUGCUUCGUAAACAAUUUGUUAUGUUUUGGACUAUAUGGCCUUUCCCUCGACCUAGGGAUCAAUUUUAUCAGAGAAUAUUUGAAUAUGGCAUUGACGACGCAACUUUGAAACAAGCCAUCGCAGUUGUUGAUGGGUCUAAGGAAUUCAAAAGAUACCUGGCGUUGAUAGAGGCCAAGAUACCAGCUGACAACUUGGUCGAAUCGGAUGGGCCGGCUCCUUUAUGCCCGUCCUACGCUAUCAGGAGGACUUGA